AUGGCUGCCACUUCUGUCAACUCUAACCCUGCUCAACAAUCCGAUGCUUCGUCCGAGAAGCAACACUCAAACCAUGCUUCCAGCCCGUCUAUCGUCUCGAAGACUGACACGAACAGCUUGGACAACCUUGAUAACCAACACUUCAAGGAAUUGCAGAGGAGCUUGCGCAAUGCUGUCAAGAAGCUGAAUGCGACCGCCAAAGUCGACGCCAUCAUUGCUGAGAACCCCGGAAAAUCUCUGGACGAGCUUGUUACAGAGAAGAAGAUUAAUACCGACCAGAAGGCACAGGCUUUGAAGAAGCCCUCUUUGCAAGCCACCGUUGCCCAGCUUGAGGAACAGAUUGCCCACCUCAAGGACUUCGCUGCCUAUUAUGAGGAGCGUCUGGCCAGCCAGAAGGCAGAGCUGGAGAAAACCCACGAAGAGCAACUCGCAGCUCUGCGGGGGCAGGCCGAUGCGGAUGCCGCAGAAUUUAACAAGAAGGAUUUCAGCCAGCAACUGUUGGGCCUCAGCAAGUUUCUCUGCGCCGCUGCUACUAUGAGACGCUCCGGAGAUGAGACUUCAAACGAGAGCCGUGCAUUUGAGGGUGUUCUGUACCAGGUAUAUGGAGGCACUCAAGACGCUGUGUCUUCUAUGCUCAAGAUCAUCGAAGGCGCGGAUGAGAAGGUUGUUGGCGUCGACGGCACCACACUGGAGGUCACCUAUAGCAAGGUGAAGCAGCUCGCUACUGAGCUUGUCCCUUCUACCGAACCCGCAACUACUGAGGCGGCUCCUGAAUCGGACCCCACCGUGGCCAAUGCAGGCUACACUGAGUUGCAAGACACAUCCUACGACAGCAACGCAGCCGCUGCAACCGAAACCGCUACCUCGGAAGAGCAAACCGAACAGGCCGCCCCUCCAGCCCAGACCCUGGCUACCAAUGGUGCCAACCAGGUAGCUGAGGCUAGCUGGGACGUCAACGCGACCGGAGUUGUGGAAACUUCGCCAACAGCUGACGAAUGGGUCGAGGUGCCGCGGGACCCUGCUGAAACUGAGACUGGGCUUGAGGCUACUCCUGCCGCUGUUGAGGCUGAGGUGAUAGCAGAUGCGACCAUAAACGACACUAGUGCUCAAAGCAACGAAAAUGCCGCUGUUCCUAAGUCACAGGAUGCCUCUGAGGUCAACACUCAACAUCGACGCCAGUCUAGCCGUGGCCGAGGAGGUCGUGGCGGACAUGGGCGUGGUCGGGGUGGACGAGGCCGCGGUGAGUUCAGAGGCCGCGGUCGUGGCGGUCGCGGCGGUCGCGGAGGCCGCGGUGGCCUCAAUGGUGGCAAUGGUUCCUCCGCCCCUGCUGCCAGCCAGUAA